AUAUCUAGUGUUUAAUGCUUCACACAAUGGACAGAAACUGCAAUUCGAGUCGUCGCAAGGGCAGCCACAGCAUGCCGUACGAGUCGAUGCACCAUCAUCAGUCGGCGGCCGCUGCAGUGGCCGCCGGCGUAGCGCCAAAUAGCGUGCUGGACUCGCUCAGUUUGCAGCUGCGCGAUGCGGAAAUGCGACGCACCGAGAUCGAACGGGCGCAUCAGGAAACUCUGGCACAAAUACGCAACCUUAGCGGCAGCGCACGUCCCGACACCGAGGCGGUGGAGAAUCUGCAGUCACGAGCUCGGGAGCUGGAGAAGAAGGUGGCGCUGGAAAAUGUGCACUGUGAGGAGCUGCAAAUUGAGCUGACGGCCGCACUUAAGGCCAAGGCAUCACGUUCAACUGCUUCCCAUAUGGGCAGUUGUCCUUCGUCAUCGGCCCCAACAUCCCAACAUGGGCCAUACCAAGGCGCAAAUAUACCAACAUCGGCCAGCAGUUCCACCGUCACAUGGGCACCGACAAUCAGCCACCAGGACCAAGGCUCCGAGAUUGAUAUAAUAAUGGCCAAGAUUGAACAGGAUAAUCGCGUAUUGGCCGAGCUGGAACAGCCGCGAACUUCAGCGAGCGCCAGCAUGUCAGCGUUGCCGCACAGUUCCAUGAUGGGCAUGGGAAAUAGCGAAUUUAGAACCAUAUCAAAGAGUGAACUCGAAGAAGAACUGAAUCGAUAUAAAAGAGCAGUAUUGGGCAGCGCAUCGGGCGGCGGUGUAUCAGCCCUAUCGUCCGGCUACUCGAGCCUGCCGCAAUCGCUGGCCUCCACGCUGGGCAAUGGGGCCAGCACGAGCCUGAGCGGCACCAGCGUGGGCUCGCAGAGCGUUGCUGCCGCCGCCGGCAUCGGCGUCGGCGGUCAUUCAUCCAUAUCGGCCCUGGUGCCCAACUCAAUCAGCGGCAUAUCCUCGAGUCUGAGCAGUCAGGCCAUACAAUCACUGAAUGCGGCUGCCUACGGGGGUGGCCAGAGCUCCGUUGAGAAGCUGCUGAGUGGAACUAGUGGAAUAACUGGCAUUCCACCAUUGCCGGUAAAUAUUCACACGAUGAAGGCUAUGCCAACGGCAUUAAGUCAGAGCACAACCAUGCCCCUCCUGUCACUCAACUCGCAUAAUCUGCCGCCUGGCGGCUCCACCAGCUACUCGGCCCUGGGCCUGAGCGGCGGCAGCGGCAUGGUCGGCAGCUCGCUGACCCAUCCCACCAUGAGCAAUAUCAACAUGCUCGACACGAGCGCCCUUCUGGGCCUGGGACCAGCUGGCGGUGGCAUAACGGGCGCCACGUCGCUUUAUGGCCUGAGCGCUGGUGCUGCCGGCGCUCUGGGCAGCUCGUAUGGGCCACCAUUUAUGGAUGCUGCCUCGAGCGCCUCGUAUCCAUUCACAUCGGCUGCACUGCGUCAGGCUACCAAGAUGAAAAUGCUGGACGAGAUUGAUAUACCGCUGGGGCGUUAUGGCAAUCGUAGCUCACCAUGCUCACCCAUUCCCGUGGGGCACAGCAGCUGGGGCCUGGACGAGUUCACCGAUGGCCUGGGCGCCUCCAUUAUGCACAAUCGCAGCGGGCUGGCGCUGGGCGCCCUCGAUCUGGACUCUCGCAACCACGCACUGAACGGCGCCAGUGAGCCCCAGGUGGACAUGUUGGACAUACCGGGCAAAGGGCGUUGCUGCGUCUUUAUAGCCCGCUUUCCCUACGAUCCACCCGAGGAGGCUGAGGGCGAGCUUUCACUCUGCGCCGGCGACUAUUUGCUGGUUUGGACUAGCGGCGAGCCGCAGGGUGGCUAUCUAGAUGCGGAACUAUUGGACGGAAGACGCGGCCUAGUGCCCGCCUCGUUUGUGCAGCGACUUGUGGGCGAUGAUUUGCUGGAGUUCCAUCAGGCGGUGUUGUCGACACUGCGCGACGCCGAAGAUGGCUCCAUGCAGUGCGACACAACGUCGCUGCCUUCCUUGCCGCCGCACAACCCAUUGCUCACACACACGCACGAGGAUCUGGCACGUUUGAGUGAGACGCACACCGAUCUGGAGCACGACCAGGAUGACAUUAGCGAUAAUGUUCCAGCUCCAAAACACUUGACCCUGGAACGGCAGCUGAACAAGAGCGUGCUCAUUGGCUGGUCACCACCAGAGCCGGUGGGCUACAAUCUGAUCGAUAGCUACCACGUCUAUGUAGAUGGUGUGCUCAAGGUCACGGUGAAGGCCAACGAACGCACACGCGCUCUAAUCGAGGGCGUCGACUCCACGCGGCCGCAUCGCAUUAGCGUGCGGAGCGUUACACAAAACCGUCAGACGUCCAGGGACGCCGCCUGCACAAUGAUUAUUGGGCGAGAUACCUCGCACUUGGGCCCCUCGGCGGUGCGCGCCUCGCACAUAACGUGUUCCUCGGCGGUUAUCUCGUGGCUGCCGGCCAACUCCAACCACCAGCACGUGGUGUGUGUGAACAAUGUGGAGGUGCGCACCGUCAAGCCGGGCAUGUAUAGGCACACAAUAACCGGGCUAGCGCCGAGCACCCAGUAUCGGGUGACUGUGCGUGCCAAACAUUUGCGUGCCGUUGGCCAGCACACGCCACAAGCACCAGGCAGACCCGGGCAGGAGGAGGCACCUGGCGCCUAUGCCGAUUUUCGCACACUGACCAAAGGUCUGCCCGAUCCGCCGCAAGACAUCCAACUGGAGGCUGGUCCUCAGGAUGGCACCAUUCUGGUGACAUGGCAGCCGGUUAACAGACCUACGUCCACGGGGCCUGUAACCGGCUAUGCUGUGUACGCCGAUGGUAAAAAGGUGACGGACAUUAAUUCCCCGACGGGCGAUCAUGCACUCAUCGACAUCGGCAAACUGGGCGUCUUCAAUCCCCGGGCCGUCACCAUACGCACCAAAUCACGCGAUUCACAGUCGGCGGACAGUGCGCCCAUACUGAUACCAAAUAACGUGCGCAAUGCUGUCGCUCGCCGGGGACCAAAUCAAAUGGGCAUGGGUCCGCAGUUGCCGCAGCAGGGAGUCCAUGGCAUGCCCGGGCAGCAACAGCAAAUGGGCAUGCCUGGGCAGCAGGGGCAGAUGCAGUCGCAUAUGAUGGGUGGCCAGCAGGAUCACACGCAAUACGAUCCCAACCAAAUGCAGCAGCAAGGAAUGCAGCCGGGCCAACAGCCGGGCCAGGCCCAGCCGGGUCAUCAGCCCGACGGAAGCUCCGGCUUGUUAGGUGGCCUGCUCGGUGGCCUCUUCUCGAAACCCACACAGAGUCAAGUGAACCAGAAUGGCUAUCAGCCGGGCGCACCGCAGCGUGGCAUGGUGCCAGGACGACCCCAGGGACCACAGCAACAGCAGCAACAACAACAGCCGUACGGGGCCCAGGGGCCCAUGGGAGGACCCCGAUUUCGUGGGCCCGUGCCGGGACAAAUGGCAAUGCAGGGUCAGAUGCAGGGCCAGAUGCCGGGACAAAUGCCUGGUCAAAUGCAAGGUCAAAUGAUGGGUCAGCAGGGGCCGGGUCCACGUGGCCAACUCAACCAACAACAGCAGCAACAACAGCAGCAGCAACAGCAGCAACAACAGCAGCAACAGCAGCAGCAACAGCAACAGCAACAAGGUCAAAUGAUGCCUGGCCAGCAACCGGGCCAACAGCAGCAACAGCAAAUGCCCGGCGCACAGAAGAAGCCGCGCUAUUUUGUGGCAAUGUUUGACUACGAUCCAUCCACAAUGAGUCCCAAUCCAGAUGGUUGCGACGAAGAGCUGCCCUUCCAAGAGGGAGAUACUAUCAAGGUCUUUGGUGAUAAGGAUGCGGAUGGCUUCUAUUGGGGCGAGCUGCGGGGUCGUCGAGGCUAUGUGCCGCACAACAUGGUUAGCGAGGUGGAGGACACCACCACCCAAAUAACCGGCGGGCAAAUGCCCGGCGGCAUGCAGUCGACAACAACUGGGGCCGGCACCGCACAAGUUAUGCCCGGCCAGAGCGCUCCACAGCAGAGCAUGCGGAAUGUGAGUCGCGAUCGCUGGGGUGACAUCUAUGCGAAUAUGCCAGUGAAACGGAUGAUCGCCCUCUAUGACUAUGAUCCCCAGGAGUUAAGUCCGAAUGUGGAUGCCGAGCAAGUGGAAUUGUGUUUUAAGACGGGUGAAAUUAUCCUCGUCUAUGGUGAUAUGGAUGAAGAUGGCUUCUUCAUGGGUGAACUGGAUGGGGUACGGGGCUUGGUGCCCUCAAAUUUCCUGGCCGAUGCACCCGACCAGUACAACAAUCAAAUGGGACCGGGCGGCGCCGCUGGGCGUGGCAGCCUCAGUCAGCGGGGUCGGGGCCAGGGACCCGGCGCCAGGGGACCACCGCCGCCGCCACGAGAUAACAUGAUGCCCGGCGUUGCUGGGCAACGUGGUCCACAAGGCAAAAAUGCUCGCCCUGCUUCCCCUACACUGUUAGACAACACGGGCCACCCUGCCCCCGAUCACCAAACGCAGAUGAUCGGCCGCGUUGGUAAUGUUGGCAUGCAGCAGCAGCAGCAGCAACAACAGCAGCAGCAGCAACAACAACAACCAUAUGGUCAGCAACAGACGCAACAACAGCAACAUCAACAACAAAUGGGCAUGGGACAAACUGGAAUGAUGGGCAUGGGCCAACAGCCGAUGGGCAUGAUGGGCCAGACACAGCAACAACCGCAGCAGCAACAGCAGAUGGGCCAGCAGAUGGGUCAGCAAAUGGGCGGCAUGGGCCAAAUGGGCAUGGGUCAAAUGGGUCAGCAGCAGCAGGUGCCUGUGACGACGCAGGCGCCAACGGGCGGACUCUUCUCCGGCGCAACUAGCCUGCUCUCUGGUGCUACUUCGGCUGCCACCGGUGGUCUAUUUGGUUCGAAGCAACCACCCAAAACGGAUCCAAUGCAACCACCUGGCGGUGUGCAGCCAACGCAGCAACAAGCAAACGCCUUCGGUGCCCAACAAAUGCAACCGGGCAUGCAGCAGCCUGGCAUGCAGCAGCCUGGCAUGCAACAGUCGGGCAUGCAGCAGCCGGGCAUGCAACAGCAGGGCAUGCAACAGCAGGGCAUGCAACAGCCGGGCAUGCAACAACAAGUGCCACCGCAAGCUCAGCCGCCGCCACAGGGGCCGGGCGCCGGCCUGCUCGGUGGCCUCAAGGGCAUUGCAGCAGCGGCGCCCGGCGGCGAUGUACUCUCGAAAGGCAAAGAUCUAUUUGGCAAAUUUGGGUUCGGCUUUGGCAAAUAACCCUGGUCAUUCCAUAGGGUCCUGUUAUAUUAUUCGUAGAUUAGACCUAUUAUUAUGAUUAUGAUUAUUGCUAUUAAUUACGAUUACUAAGCUAAUAUAUACAUAUACGUAUACACAAUUAUACAAAGAUAAACUUAAAAAAAAAAAAGAAAAACAAAGAAGUAAAAAAACAAAAGCAAAACCUAUGAAAAAUCCAAGAAUUCCCAGUUAACUGUGGGCCUAUGUGAAUGAUGUUGUAAUGUUGAUAUGAUAAAUGCAACUAAUAGAACUAAUGAUAAUAUUUUUUAUUAAUACAAUUGAUAGAAAUAUAAAUAAUAC